AGUUGAACGGAAGUGCGAUUACAUACGAAUAUCCCACUUCCAACAUUGCUGCCAUUUAUCAACAACAUUGUUUGCGUUACUCGAUCUCUUUUUACACAUGCCAAAUUGGGCCAUUUGCCAUAGUGUUAGAACUUUAAAUAAACUGAUUGUUUCUUACACAUUGGCUAGUUAGAGAAUUGUAUUCUAUUUACUUAAUCACAGAGAAUCCUGGGUUGGACAAGAUGGCCAGCUGCAAUUUUCAGGCGCAGUUGGUAUCCAUUCUGGAGGUAUUAGCUAAAGCAGCUGUAGCAGAAAUAAACAAUCGUGUAGAUGAUAGCUGUGCCGUUAUACGUUUGGAAAUGACCCAAAGCCAGCGAGAUAUUGAUGUACUGAAAAGGAAGUGUCAAAUGAUGGAGAGCGAGUUGAAGAAGACACGAGGACGAGUCAGGAAAAAAGGUUUUUACCCCAUGUUAUCAGAGAGAUCUUCAUAUCCAGUCAAGAUUGUUUUGAACAAGCAGAGGAGUAACUCACAGUGGGGAGAAGACAAUAUGGCUGUUGAAGAGGACUCUCAUCUCCAUCCUACAGAUGUGGAGCAGAGAGUGGAGACUGAACCCUUACUGAUCAAAGAUGAGGGGACAGCAGAGGAUGUGUGGAAGACUGACCUUCAGGAAGAGCUCAGGAUCACUGGAAAGGAGUCUGGUUCCAAACCUGGGAAACCACCAUCCUUUGAGCAACGGCGCUGUGAUGAGGACUUAAUCACACAACCCAAUAUAUCUCACAAAGACUCAGUGGAACAUUACCCCAAUUCUGAUCGUCCAGAGGAACCAGGAACACCCCGGCUCGCAUCUACAGAGGUGUUCAGCGCAGAGCAGCACCGGCUAGACGAGGACUCACUAGACCUAGUGAUGGUGAAAGAUGAGGAGCUGGAUCAGACCACGGUCCUGGCAGGACCUGACCAAUUUGUCAUGGAUGACAAUGAUGGGCAGCUGUGGACAUCUGUGGGUCCAGGCAGAGACACUGAUCCUGAUGGCCACCCAGAUUUCUCCUUUCAUUCCACAGAAGAGUACUCUCAGAAUAUCUCAAUUUUCCCAUCUCAUAGUGGGCUGCCACCCAUUCCUACGAUGACCAAUGAAGUGGGGCCAUCGCUUCACUCUUCUAUAUGGAAACCACAUGCAAACGUGUUCAGUGCAGCAAAACACAUGAAAAGACAUGUCAGGACAUCGUCUGAUGAGACUAGUCAACAGAUGCCCGAGGGACAGAGUAGCGAGACGCUAAACUCAAAUAAUGAAGGAAAUAGUUUAGCUCUACAGCCAAGGCAGCAUCAAUACAGGGCUUCAGAAGCAACAGUGAGAUUGAGUGAGUGCAUGACAGGGUCAAACAUGGCCACCACCUCCACCUUCUCUGGAUACAGCCUGAGUCACAGUAGUUUUAACAUGGUGAAGAGAAUGAGGACUCAGUGGAGGUCGGGUGGCACCACCGAGAGGCGUUUCAGCUGCACCUUCUGUGGGAAGAGCUUCCAGCGUCUCUGCCAGCUCAAAGUACACCUCCGGAGUCACACCGGAGAGAAACCGUACACCUGCGAACAGUGUGGCAGGAGUUUUACCCAGCAGUGCAACCUGAUCAGACAUGCUAUGGUCCACAGCGGGGAGAAGCCAUAUGAGUGCACACAGUGUGGGAAGUGCUUCACCCGGCGCUCCAAAAUGAUGUCACAUCAAAGAACUCACAUAGGAGAGUGUGCACCUCCAACGUCUCAAUAUAUGGUACCUGCAUACCCUGGGGAUCCACACAGAAGUUUAAUGUCGUCUCAGACCAGAUGGAACAAAGUUAAUAAUUGCAUCAUUUUUUGGACAACAUUUUCUAUGGGAAAAUUUGGUUCAUAAGGUAUUUUGAGACAUUUUGACAAGCUUUUUCCUCCUACUUCAUUUGUGAAAGGUUUUUCAUGUUUGACUGUUAAGGGCUCCUCAUUUUUAUUUUAUUUUAAUAACCUAUUUUUUAUUUUAAAAAAUCUCAUUUACAAUGUGACUCCAAAAUGACAAUACAUUAUUUACUAUUCAUUUCUAUUGGGCACAACAUAAUCCGAAACACAACCAAAACAAACUGCAAAUGCAUCCAACAAGUUUGUAGAGCCACAAGCUUGAUUUAGUCAUUGUGUGCUAGGAAUAUGGGACCAAAUACUAAACAUUUGAAUAAAUAUAAUACACAUACAGUUGAAGUCAGACGUUUACAUACACCUUAGCCAAAUACAUUUAAACUCAGUUUUUCACAAUUCCUGACAUUUAAUCCUAGUAAAAAUUCCCUGUCUUAGGUCAGUUAGGAUCACCACUUUAUUUUAAGAAUGUGAAAUGUCAGAAUAAUAGUAGAGAAUGAUUUAUUUCAGCUUUAAUUUCUUUCAUCACAUUCCCAGUGGGUCAGAAGUUUACAUACACUCAAUUAGUAUUUGGUAGCAUUGCCUUUAAAUUGUUUAACUUGGGUCAAAUGUUUUGGGUAGCCUUCCACAAGCUUCCCACAAUAAGUUGGGUGAAUUUUGGCCCAUUCCUCCUGACAGAGCUGGUGUAACUGAGUCAGGUUUGUAGGCCUCCUUGCUCGCACACGCUUUUUCAGUUCUGCCCACACAUUUUCGAUAGGAUUGAGGUCAGGGCUUUGUGAUGGGCACUCCAAUACCUUGACUUUGUUGUCCUUAAGCCAUUUUGCCACAACUUUGGAAGUAUGCUUGGGGUCAUUGUCCAUCUGGAAGACCCAUUUGCGACCAAGCUUUAACUUCCUGACUGAUGUCUUGAGAUGUUGCUUCAAUAUAUACAAUCUUUUCCAUCCUCAUGAUGCCAUCUAUUUUGUGACGUGCACCAGUCCCUCCUGCAGCAAAGCACCCCAACAACAUGAUGCUGCCACCCCUGUGCGUCACAGUUGGGAUGGUGUUCUUCGGCUUGCAAGUCUCCCCCUUUUUCCUCCAAACAUAACAAUGGUCAUUAUGGCCAAACAGUUCUAUUUUUGUUUCGUCAGAUCAGAGGACAUUUCUCCAAAGCCUUUCAGGUUAUGUCGAUAUAGGACUCGUUUUACUGUGGAUAUAGUAAAUGAUGACAAGCAUACCCAUAACAUGAUGCAGCCAACACCAUGCUUGAAAAUAUGAAGAGUGGUACUCAAUGAUGUGGUGUUGGAUUUGCCACAAACGCUUUGUAUUCAGGACAUAAAGUUAAUUUCUUGGCCACAUUUUUUGCAGUUUUACUAUAGUGCCUUAUUGCAAACAAGAUGCGUGUUUUGGGAUAUUUUUAUUCUGUACAAGCAUCCUUCAUUUCUAGCAGCAGCAUACCACCCUGAGACAGCAGCAUACCACCCUGCAUCGGAGACUAGAUGCUGCUGGAAGUGGUGUUGGAGGGCCAGUAGGAGGCACCCUUUCCUCUGGUCUGAAAAAAUAUCCCAAUGGACCAGGGCAGUGAUUGGGGACAUUGCCCUGUGUAGGGUGCCAUCUUUCAGAUGGGAUGUUAAAUGGGUGUCCUGACUCUGGUCACUAAAGAUCCCAUUGCACUUAUCGUAAGAGUAGGGGUGUUAACCCCGGUGUCCUGGCUAAAUUCCCAAUCUUGCCCUCAUACCGUCACCUAAUCAUCCCCAGCUUACAAUUGACUCAUUCAUCCUCUCCCCUGUAACUAUUCGCCAGGUUGUUGCUGUAAAUGAGAAUGUGUUCUCAGUCAACUUACCUAGUAAAAUAAGGGUUAAAUAGAAAAUUCACUCUGUCAUUUAGGUUAGUAUUGUGGAGUAACUACAAUCAGUGGGGUAAGUACUUAUGCAAAAAUACUUUAGAGUACUACUUAAGUUGUUUUUUGAGGAAUCUUUACUUUACUAUUUAUAUUUUUGACAACUUUUUACUUUUACUUCACUACAUUCCUAAAGAAAAUAAUGUACUUUUUACUCCAUACAUUUUCUCUGACACCCGAAAGUACUUGUUACAUUUUGAAUGCUUAGCAGGACAGGAAAAUGGUCCAAUUCACACACUUAUCAAGAGAACAUCCCUGGUCAUCCCUACUGCGUCUGAUCUGACUCCCUAAAUACAAACGCUUCAUUUAUAAGUUGUCUGAUUGUUGGAGUGUGCCCCUGGCUAAAAAAACAAGAACAUUGUGCCAUCUGGUUUGCUUAAUGUAAAGAAUUUGAAAUGAUUUAUACUUUUACUUUUGAUACUUAAGUAUAUUUAUUACCAAAUACUUUUAGUAUUUUACUGUUUGUCUUUCACUUUUACUUGAGUCAUUUUCUAUUAAGGUAUGUUUACUUUGACUCAAGGUUGACAAUUGGGUACUUUUUCCACCACUGACUGCAAUGUUACCAUUAAACGAUGUAACUGUUUUUAAGUCAA